AUGCCCGAUAAAAGUAUUGCAAGCUUGAGUCAAGCAUCACCUAUUCCUAUUGAGAUACAAGAAGAUGAUGGGAAAUCAUUUGGACCAUAUAGAAAAUCAUCAAAAAUUAUACCAAUAUUGAAAUCUGUUCAAAAAUAUUCAUCAUAUACAUUCACAAUUUUCUCUUUUUUACAUGGUGUUAAUGUACUAGUUGUACCUUCAAUCUCUACUGGAAUUGCAGAGGAAAUAUUAUCAAUGAAUAGAUCUAUAUAUCAAGCAACUGGAUUAGAAAAUAUAUUAGUUUGGGGAAGUUUAUCUGUGCAUAUUUUAUCUGGUGCUUUAAUGAGAAUUAUAAGGAAUUGGAGAUAUAGAGAAAGAUAUGGUGGCUCAAGAGCGCAUGAUAAUAAAUUGAAAAGGAAAAGAAGAGAUAGCCAUUUAGAUCAUGAAGUUAUUUCUCAAAAUUAUGAAGGUGAAGUUAAUAUUAAUGAUGAUUCAGAAGUUGGAUUAAUGGGAGGUUUAACAAAUUAUUUUGGAUUUGGUUUCAAAAAAAGUUUAAUAUUCAGAUACUUUGGAUUAUCACCAUUACAAGCAACUGGAUAUUUAUCAAUUCCAUUGGUUUUAUAUCAUUCAUUACAAGUUAGAAUCAUUCCGAACAUAGUUGAAGGUGAUAGUAGUUACAUAAACUUUGAUUUCAUUUCAUAUUUAUUCAAUAAUAACAAGCAUUAUUCAGGUCCAAUUUUAAAUUGGAUUAUAUACCCAGCAUUAAUAAGUUUCACAACAUAUCAUAUAAUAUCUGGUUGGAUGAAAUUAUUAAAUGUUAGAAGUUUAACAAAACGUAAAAUUGGUGCAACUAUAGUGAAUAUAAUAAGCUUAUUGGGGAUUUACAGUCUUUAUACAAUCACAAAGAUAGAUUGUCAUUCAAGUGUUGCACAGUUUAUUCAAAAACGAUUUGAUAUGUACAUUGAUUAUUUUUACUUAUCAUGA